AUGACGGAAGUCACAUCUAUCAGCGUCUCCGUUGGCGAUUUGCCCCGGGAGGCCGGAUACAACCGUUCGGCCUGUACUGAAUGCCAACGACGCAAACAAAAGUGCAAUCGCGAAUGGCCAUGCGACAGAUGCCAGCGACGUAAAAUCCCCGAUGAGUGUCGAUACAUUAAUGCGAAUCCUACCGCAGACGUCCCAAGCCAUGAUUCGACCGAAAACCUGAAGCAACCUGAUGACGACCAUGCCAACCGAGCUUCUUCUGAUGCCAACGGUGACGACGCCUCUGGGUACGAUGCUUUGGCUUCUCGCUUGUAUGAAACGCUGGGAAUCGAUCAUGGAGCGAACGAAAAACCUGCGCCAAAACAGGACUACGUUGACGCCGAAUCGUCACCUCAGUUGCAGCAAAUGCUGAAUCUGCUGCCUCAGCGGCAAUCCAUGGACAUUCUGAUGCAGAAUUUCUUCAACGAUAUCAAUUAUCAUUACUACAUCAUCUACCCCCCUGCGUUUCUGCAAGAUUACCAUUUGUGGUGGGAUAGACGUUCCCAAAAACGGCCACUAUCACUGCAGUAUACCUGUCUACUGGCCAUCGUCUGCGCCUGUGCCAUUCAGCACAUCGAGCCUGCAAGCGAAAAGGCUUUCGAGCGAGAGCUGGGAGACGCGCCGGAUGUGGUUUCUGACACGCUACACGCAGCAAUGCGAGAGCUUGCCAGCGUCAUUCCCGUUGGGCACUACCACUUUCUCAACGUCCAGCGUCUAUUACAUUCGUGUUAUUGGUACAAGGCGGAAGCCAAGUUCCUCGAGGCCUGGCAUGUGCUAAGCGCCGCCAUACUGGAAGCCCGAGAGCUGGGAUAUCACAAAGAACCCGCUCCGGGGAGCGUGACGGACUUUGACUUGGAAAUGCGAAGGCGGCUCUGGUGUAUACUGGACACGUGGGAUUGGCAAAUAUCUUCCGGUCUUUCAAGGCCAAAGAUCAUUGACCGUGCUGGAUGCAACGCAAAGCUUCCCGAGCUGACGCUUGAAGGCCAUGUUGUGUCGCCUCUUCUCCACAUGAAAAUGCAAUCCAGGUUGACUCGCCAACUGGCAACACGCUUCAGCGCCCCAAAGAACAUCAUCGCCCCCUCCGAGGUUCACGAAUACAAGGAGAUCAUCGAAAAAUGGGUAGAGCAGUUUCCGCCCGAGUACUCGUUUGAAAAUCCCGAUACAACCAAGGACCAGAAAUGCCCCUGGCUCUUCGCGCACAGGUUUUACGUCUACACCAUGGCCUGUCUCCUGAUUCUCAACCCAAUCAGGCAUUACAUGGUGAAGCAGUACACCUGGGAGUCACCGGGCGAGGAGACGGAAAUUCGAGGGGUGGGCAUCUGGUAUUCGUUGAAGCUCAUGAAGACUCUCCGACUCUGGGUUGACAAAGUUCACAACCGCGAUGGUCGCUUACACUUCAUCAUCUUCUCCAUCUUUGACACGGCCGCAAUUCUCUGCACCGCGAUCCUCAAAGAUGCCGAGAACACCAUUGGAAAUCGACAGGAUAUCCUGGCCGCGGUUGGCGAUGCCGUUGACAUGCUGCAGAAGUUGAACCAGAUUUCCAAAACCUCCAAAACAUCCCAUGAUAUUCUUGAAAGACUGGUCAGGAGACUGCCCGAUUUUGUACCUCGCAAGGAGAUGGAGCGCCAGAUGAAGCGACCCAAAUUCACGGCCAGGUCGCCACCACUGGCGCCUGCCCCGGAGGAAUCGAGGUCGACGUCUUCUUCUCCGCACAGCUCUGCCACCCCGCGGGGCCUUGGCUCUCUUCCCACGACUGCUGUGACGACGACGCAUGAGCAAGCUCCAGUGGUGACGGCACCGAUACCUGCUUCUGGCUCCAUCUCCGCGGCUCCUCUACCAGUGCCCUUGUCGGCCACGGCCACACCCACGGCCACACCCACGGUCGACUUGACACCGCACCAGAGCGACUAUGACAAUUCCGGGUUUGCGCCGCCGCCUCUGUCUCAGACUGGGGGCUUCGUUGCGGCCAACAGUCAGGUGAUAUCGGGGAGUUUGAGCGGGUCCGAUCUGGCGGACGAGUACCAUGGAUGGACAAGCGCCUCUGAGAGCGCGCCUCUGAACAUGGACGGGCAUGGUGGCAUGAUGUCUUCAUUUGCCGCCAUGCCCAAACCACUGUCUAUGGACGAGGCCGCCGCCGCUUACCAGCAGCAAAUUGCCGAACCGGUACCGGAAUUCAACAUUGAAAACCUCUCGGAAGCGCAGCUGGGAGAGCUUGCACCUCUGUGGAACUGGCACUCGGAGAACCUGGAUUUUGCCAACAUGCCGCCGGCUUCACUUGAACCAGGAACCACGAAUGACUAUUCGCAAUCAAUGCAAAAUCACGGGCCAUUAUCGUAG